AUGACACUACCCGUAAAAGGAAUUGAGGAAGGCCUCAUGGAGUUCAAGCAAAACAUGUCCAUGAUUGCAGAGGCAAUGGAUUCCCUCGGAGCCGAAGGGAAAACAGUGAUUUGUAUAAUAGACGACCCAGUAUCCGAAGACGAUCUAGGAUCUUGGCGAGAAUUGGUCACGAACGAAAAAGUGCGAAAAUAUAACGCAGUUGCCAUCGAAGUAUUGAAGGAACGCAAGCAUGUCUUGACCUGGUACAGUUCCCGAAGGAUCACAGAAGAACUGAUGAAGUCGACCAAUCCAUUCACAGACGGCAUUCAUCUGCACCAGUUUGCCCUCGACUUCAAGACUCAGGUAGGAGAGCCGUGA